UGGGCACUGACUGGCAGCACUGCUGGGCUGCACUGAUGGGCGGCACUAGUGGGCACAGGUGGGUGGCAGUGGUGGGCACAGGUGGGUGCACUGCUGGGCACAGGUGGGCGCACUGCUGGGCACAGGUGGGCGCACUGCUGGGCACAGGUGGGCGCACUGCUGGGCACAGGUGGGUGGAACUUGUGUGUGGCACUGCUGGGCACCGAUCAUCAGGGCACUGAUGAUCAGUGACCCUGAUGAUCGGUGCCGUUCCCUGCUCUGACAACUGCCGGUUUUCGGCAGUACUUUCCUCACGAUCUGACAGCGUGAGGAAAGUGCAGCCAAGAACCGGCAUUUGCAU